AUGUAUCAUCUGAAUCUUCGGUGCAAGAAGCGUUUGCGGCGAUCUUCAAUACUUUCGGGCGGAUCGAUGCUGUCGUCGCCUCAGCAGGUCUGGUUCCAUAUAUUUAUCUUACACGCUUCUCGAUACACUCAUACGGUACACACUGCAGGCAUCGUUGAAACAUAUUCAGCACUUGAUUACCCUGCUGAACGAAUCAAGCGUCUCUUCGACAUCAACGUUCAUGGAGUGCUUUAUACAGCUCGCGAGGCGGCGCGCCUCAUGAUUCCCCAAGGAGGAGGAUCCAUCAUUUUGAUAUCCAGCAUGAGCGCCAAUAUUGUUAAUGUACCACAGCUCCAAACUCCAUAUAAUGCAUCCAAAGCCGCAGUCAAGCAUAUGGCUGCGAGUCUAGCAGUUGAAUGGGCCAAGCACAAUAUUCGUGUCAAUGCAUUAAGUCCAGGGUAUAUGGCCACCAAGCUGACCAAAACGAUCCUAGAGAAGGACAGUGAACUCAAGGUACGGGGAGAAGGUCUACUUAUUGACAUUGGAUGA